UAUUUUCCGUUAGGUGGGAAUAUGUGAAUAUAUGCUAUUUUACAAUAAAAAAACUCGUGAAAUUUUCAAUACGAAUUUACGGAAACGAAUAAAGAUGGCAGGUAGAACGUUUGGGAAAACCUCGUGUCAGUUCUCUAAACAAAUUAUAUCUUACUUAAAGCAAAAUUCAUUUAAAUCAACAGUAUCUUUACAAUCAAUUACGUCUCGGUCAUUGGCUAAAAGAUCUUUAUCACAAUUUUUGCCAAGCUUUCAAGCUCAAAUGGUAAUAAAGUAUGACAUGUUAUCAGCCUCAACAUCAGGACUAGGUAAUAGCUUAGUUUCUAAAGUGCAAGCAUUGCAGCUGGCUUUGAACGAAACUGACGUGACUUCCGUAGAUGAAAGUGAAGAAGACGACGAAGCUACAUUAUAUAUAUUGAGUGAUAUGUUUUCAGUGCUAAACCUUCAGAUUGAUGGAGGAUAGACUAAGGUGGAUUUCAAAUCCCAGAUAGUUUGAAAUCAACAUCCAUUUAAAACAUGGUUAGUUAGAAUUUUUUAUCACGAACGUUAUCCCGGAAUUGGCAUAUUUUCUAUAUUUGUUUCUAGUAGUUUUUAAACUUUAAAAAAAAACUUUUCUAAUAUUUCAAAAUAUAAAUAAAAAUAAUUUCAAUAACAUGUUUCUUUUAGUCAAACAAUUUUAAUUAUAUACGGACAACUAAUUUCAUUUUUUAAAUUUUGUAACCAACUAGAGCUAAUACCUAAGUUAUUGGCUUCUAUCAGAAUAAAUAUUAAAUUAGGAUGACUCCCAAGAUCACAUUUUUAACUCAGUCGUGUUGCCAACGUUUCCAAGAUUUACACGGUUUCAAAUCAUGUUUUUCUUCUCUAAAAAAAAAAACUUGAUCUAUAUAAAUUUGCCCUCAGUAUCGAAAUUAGACAAUUCAGAAAAGUUUUAAUAUUAGUAAUAGAAGUAAACAAGUCACACUAAUAUAAAAAUAACCUGUGCACGUGUUCGAGAUACACAAUAAACUGGCCAACGAUUAUCGAAUGUCAACAUGCGCAAAAACGACAUUACUUUCCGGUCAACCUAAUAUUAACUCAUUUAAAUUUUCGGCAAAUUUGAACAGCAAUAAUUAAUAACAAUACUAAAAAUAUUGUUUCUCGCAACCGUUAUUUUCGGUAUUUACUUACUAUAAAAAGUAAUAUUUUUUUUUAUUGUGGUGCCACUGAGGAAAUAAUAGACAAGUUUUAAUUAUUGCAUUUGGAAUGUCAAUACACAUAUUGACAUGUAACAACCUAAUUAUUAUAAGUUUAAAUCAUUAUCUAUGAGAUAUCUUAAGUAUUUUGAAGAGUCGAAUUUUUUUUAGAAAUAUUGCUAGCCCGCAGCUGAUGGAAGCCAGAAACUUAAUAUGCUCUUUUUUUUUGGUGGGAUUAAAAAUAUAGUACUUACAACAA